AUGGCGUCCCAAGCAGCAUACGCAGCCGAACAGGUCAUUGGCCACCAGGACGAUGCCGUUACGGCGCAGGAUGUCACCAACUACAGCGGCGAGAAGGGCAACCCUAACGAGCUCAUGAAGGCGCUGGUCUGGCAAGGCAAGAACAAGGUCGAAAUUUUGACGGUCCCGCGACCCAAGAUUCUCGAGGACAAGGAUGUCAUUCUCAAGGUCACCGGGAGCACCCUCUGCGGCAGUGAUCUCCAUCUGCUGCACGGCUCGGUCGUCCAGAUGAACAAGGGCGACAUUCUCGGCCACGAGUUCUGCGGUGUCGUCGACGAGGUCGGCUCCGGCAUCAAGAAGGUCAAGGUCGGCAAGCGAUACGUCGCAUCCUUCCAGAUCGCCUGCGGCGACUGCUUCUACUGCAAACAAAAGCUCUCCUCGCAGUGUGAGAGGACGAACUCCAACACCAUGGAAAAGUCCAUGUACGGCUCCCAGACCGCCGGCAUGUUCGGCUACUCUCACUUCACCGGCGGCUUUGCCGGAGGCCAGGCCGAGUACGUCCGCGUUCCCAUUGGCGACGUGAACCUGCUCGAGAUCCCUGACGGCGUCCCCGACGAGAAGGCACUGUACCUCUCCGACGUCCUCGCCACCUCGUGGAACGCCGUCAAGGACACCGCCGUUUACCCCAACGACCAGGUCGCCAUUUGGGGUGCUGGCCCCAUCGGCCAGAUGGCCGGUGCCUUUGCGAUUGACCAGGGCGCGUCCAAGGUUAUCUUCAUCGACACCGAGGCCCGCCUGUCCUAUGUCAAGUCCAAGUGGCCCGCCCAGCACGCCGACAAGCUCGAGCUUAUCGACUACUCGAAGCUGUCGUUUGGCGUCACCAACAAGGCCACUGUUGUCACGAAACUCAAGGAGCUCUGCGGCGGCCGCGGCCCGGACGCCGCCAUCGAGUGCGCCGCCGGCGAGUACCCCAAGGGCUGGCUCCACGCCGCCGAGAUCGCCCUCGGCGCCGAGACGGACACGAGCGAGCUCGUCAACGAGAUGAUUGAGGGUGUCCGCAACUUUGGCCGCUGCGGCAUCACCGGCGUCUACGUCGGCUACACCAACCACUUCAACAUCGGCUCGCUGAUGGAGCGCGGAAUCCGCCUCAUCGGCAACGGCCAGGCGCCCGUGCACCUGUACUGGGAGGACCUCCUGAAAAAGGUCCAGGAGGACAAGAUCGACGUCUACCAGAUGCUAUCGCAUCGUAUCCGCCUCGACGACUUGGACAAGGUCUACUACAAGUUCGAGAAGCAUGAGGACGGCAUCCAGAAGAUCUUUGUCGAGACCAAGUUCUCGUUCCCGAGAGCUGAGGGCACGCCCGAGUUGACGACCUACUAG